AUGGCCAAAGAAAAAGGUAUUACUCAAAACUUUAAAUACAACCUUAUCGAAAUCAAAGGUGAUGCUAAAGAAGCUAUCUUUGAAACACCAGAAGGCAAUAAAACAGUAAAGUACGACAUGAUCCACGUUACUCCACCAAUGGGUGCCCCAGACGUUAUCAAGAAUUCACCACUUGCCGACCCAGCUUCUGGUUUUGUUAAUGUUAAUAAAGAAACCCUUCAACAUACUGCUGCCGCUAUUACAUCUCAAACACCAGUUUUAGUUAGUAAUUUAAUAUCACAUAAAAUGGGACUCCCAUUAAAGGCCAAAUAUGACGGUUACACAUCAUGUCCAAUCACCACAUCUUAUAACAAACUUAUUUUAGCAGAGUUCAAAUAUGGUAACGAAGUAGCAGAAUCUUUACCAUGGGAUCAAUCAAAAGAAUCUUACUUUCCAAUGUUUCUUAAAAAGUAUGUUUUCCCAUUUGCCUACUGGAAUGGUAUGUUAAAUGGUCAUUGGUUUGGUAAAAAUUUACUUUUGAAUCCAGUCGAAACUCCAAAAAUAAAUAAAUAA